GCGGGGCUCCGCGGCCCAUGGGAGCUGGUGGCUCGGUGUGAGCCGGUCCGCCGCGGGUGGGCGUGCAGGGGUCAGGCGGUGUGUGUGUGUGUGUGUGAGGGGAGGUGGUGGUGGAUCGGCAGGCGGGGGUGUCCCGUUGCUGGCGGCCGCCAUGGAAGUGUGCGAGAGCGGUGGGGAGCAGCCGCAGCUGUUGCACUGGGACCGCAAGCUGAGCGAGCUGUGCGAGCCCGCCGACCCCGACACCCUGCUGUGCCACACGCACUUCACAGAGUUCCUGGAUGAGUUUUCACCCGAUGUCCUAGGCCAGCUCUUGAAUGAUCCCUUCUUGUCUGAGAAGAAUGAAAUAAUGGAGGUGGAACUGUCUCCGGCAUCCCCAGCACCCCUCAUCCAGGCAGAACACAGCUACUCCCUCUGCGGGGACUCUCGACCCCAAUCUCCCUUGACCCACAUCUCGACUGAUGACAACUUUAAUGAAGGUGACCUGGAAAAUGAGGAAUGGUGUCUGGCUACAGAGCUUACUCCGGCAGCAAUAAAGACUGAGCAAGUGUUGUGCGAGACAUCAGGCCUUGCUCCUUCAGUCAGUCUCACUGUCACAACCACGUCACUGGAGGGGGAACAACCUGAGCUACAGACGGAUGCCCUGAUGAAACCACUGAGCCAGAAAGUUCUUCCAGAGAUUAAAUUGGAGCCCCAUGAAGUGGAUCAGUUCUUGAAUCUCUCUUCUAAGGAAGCGGUGGAUCCUCUGCAUUUGCCUCCAACCCCUCCCAGCAGCCAUGGCAGUGACUCUGAAGGAGGGCAGAGCCCAGCUAGAUCGCUCCCUCCUUCAAGCCCAAUCCAGCUACAAGCCACAGCUAAAGUGACAUCGCGCACAGCUUCAGCGCUCUCCAAUUCCCCUCUCCUGACUGCACCACAUAAAUUACAGGGGACUGGUCCACUCAUCCUGACAGAGGAGGAGAAGAGGACACUGAUAGCAGAGGGGUACCCAAUCCCUACCAAACUGCCCCUGACAAAAGCAGAGGAGAAGGUGCUGAAGAAAAUCCGCAGGAAAAUAAAGAAUAAGAUUUCUGCCCAAGAAAGUAGAAGAAAAAAGAAAGAAUACAUGGACAGUCUGGAAAAAAAAGUUGAGACCUGUUCCAAUGAAAAUAGUGAGCUGCGUAAGAAGGUUGAAGUGCUGGAGAAUACUAACAGAACACUUCUGCAGCAGUUGCAGAGACUUCAAGCCAUGGUUGCUGGGAAAGUGUCCCGUUCAUAUAAGGCAGCUAGCACACAGACAGGGACCUGUCUUAUGAUGGUGGUGCUGUGCUUUGCAGUAGUUUUUGGCAGCUUCUCUCAGAGCUAUGGGCCAUAUCCUUCUGCUACAAAGAUGGUGUUGCCCAGGCAGCAUUCCUCACCAGAGUCCUACACAGACUCCAUUGUGAGGUCAAGGAGUCUGCUAAUUUAUGAAGAACCUCACCAAUUGGAGGAGUCGUCAAGCCAGAUCUCCUUUGCAGAUCGCAGUGACCGGCAAGCAGAUACCUCCAAGUACACAGCGCUGUCCCUGGAAGCCAUGCCGGGUACACAACAGGAUGAUAUGCAGUUCACAAUAGCCAAUGAGACAAGGCUAGAGAAAUCGGUGCUGCUGGGCCUGCAGCAGCACAGAAUCAACUCCGAACUAGAAGGAAAUGAAACACUGAAGAUAAUUGAAAUAGAUAGAAGAGUCAAUGCCACCGCUUAAAAAUAAAAAAGGCCUUUUUUUCUUGACUUCCCUCUUUCCCACAUGUUUUCAGCCAAAGUCCCCCUGACUUGUCAUCCUCAGUGAACCAAAGCACAAAAGAGAGGGAGUUCAACUUCUGCAUUGACUGGUGAGGCUGUGACUGCAGAUGGGAUCUCUUGUCUUUGUAACUCCCUUUCUCACUUCACACACAGUCCCUGUAUUUGCUUUUAUUCCUUUCCUGUCUAACACUGCAAGGGCAGGAUUGAAUUAUGAUGGCUGAUGAUGCCAACAGCAUGCUGGUGACUGGUGGGUGUGUGUGUGCGUGCAUGCACACAUCCUAAUCUGAGCACAAAGACAUUCUUUAGAAGAGUGAAAUAUGCAAACCCGAUGGGAGCAUGUUGGUGAUAGAUUUUCUGGGAGAAGGUAAUUGAGAGAAAGAGGAACAUGAUGCUGCUCAGAAUCUAGCCACAGCUCCAUGCCUACUGGUCUACAGCACUUGAGCCUUUUAUGGGGAUUGAGAAGCAUGUAUGUAGCCUGCUUCUGAAGGGACAAGGAAGGUCCCUGAUACUGGGGAUGGACAGUGAUACUGCUGAAUUGUCCUCCCCUAGCUCUUUCUCUUCUCUCCUUCAGCUUCUUUAUUUUUUAGUGAGGUGGGUUUCUCUCCGGAUCAAAAGCAGUCUUGGUAGGUUUCCUUAUUGCUUCCACCCUUAUGGAAUUUAAGCAAAGAUCAGUUGCUGUCUUGUGUGGGAGAAUUACACUGUUUUAACUAAAUCUGUUUAGAAAGCAGGUUUUGUUAAAUUUAUGCAAUGUUUUGGGUGGAUGUCCUUUAGUCUGCUUUAUCUUAAAUCAGUUCCUUCCCAACAAACUAAAUCAAUGUAAGACUUAAACCAGAAGUGCCUCCCGAGAGGACCAUAUGGAUUUAAUUUAUUGGCUUCUAAAUAUGUUGAUGGAAUUUCUUAUGUAGACCUGGUCUCAGAUCAUCCUGUGUUUCCUUUCCUUGCAAUCUUCCUGUUAUUGUUGUAAAUAGUAUUUAUUAGCUUUGCAAGAUUUUGUUCAGGCAGUUACAAUGAAGAGAGCUGAGCUUCCCUAACCCUGCAAGUGGUCUGGGCAAACUGAAAUUGGACACACAAGUAUCACUGAACACCCAUUCCCUCUCCACACACUUGAGUUGUCUUAUAAUAAAGCCGUGUCUUAUCUUCCUCUUAUCUCCUUCUCCAGAGAUAUGAUCUUAGACCAGUUGCUUAGCUGGAAAGAUAUGGGUACAAGUAGCCCCAGCUAGGCGCAAUUGAGCCCUGGAUGUAGUAGAUAAUGUAUCAACUGGAAAGAUAUGGGUACAAGUAGCCCCAGCUAGGCGCAAUUGAGACCUGGAUGUAUAGCAAAACAGCCUUUGAUCUGAGGAGUUGAGUGCAGGAGUCAAGGCAAAAGAGGGAUGAAAGGGCACUGGUCCAAGUUCAGUGGAAAUACCAAGAGCAGUAUUCAUAUCCAUCCUGGUCCAGUACUCUUCUUCCUGCUUUCUUUCUUCCUUGUCCCAUGUAGCUGUUGCCUUUAAGGGUUCUUCCUCUCUCAGUUUGUGGUCAUGUCUUUGCCCAAGCUGCGCUUCUUGUAGUUCACCCUUGCAGUGGUGCAGUUGAACCUACCCCAAGAUUUGAGCAGCGUUUUAUCUGGUUGCUACAGAAAGUCACUCAGACUCCACUGAGGAUGGAUUUAAUAUGAAAAGCCUAAUUCAGCAGGCCAGCAUAGCUACUUGACAUUUUACCAGAAGAAACUAAUUAAAAAAAAUAAUUUUUUUGAAGCUCUUUUAUUUUUUGUUCCUAAUGAUAAAUAAGGGAAAAACUAACCUAGCCUUACAAGUAAUUUUUUACCAUGUACAGUAGAUAUCUCCUGCAUGUAUUCUAUUUUGUAAAAUACUACUGGAUGUGUAUUUUAUUACAGCAGCUGCCACACCAGCUCCUUUCUUGUUCUUCAUUUUCCUUAGACUUUCUUCACUUAGUGUCCUAAUUUCUACACUCAAAACUCAGUAAAAUGAAUGGAAAGACUUUGCAGGGGGCUGUGGAACAGUCUCCACUGUGCUGUUUUAAGAGGGUGUUUCAGAUUAGUGACAGUGAAACAUCCGCCUGACUCCAUGAGCUAGUAAUGAGUUUUGGUGUACAAAUGUGCUUUCUAGGUAAUGCCCUAUUCUUCUAUGCAAGUGCCUUUUGAUUAUUUUACCUUUAGUGGCAAUUAUAGGAGAAAAGUGGUUGUAGUCUUAUUUUGCGAGUGUUUUGUUCUUGGCAUGGGUGAGUCUUCUCCCUGAAGCCUCUUUCCCUACACAGUGAUCCUGAUGAGUCCUCUGAAUCAUUCCAGUAUGCACCAACAAUUUUUUGUGUGAUUUUUUUUUUCCAGUGAUUUAAGGCUUAGACUCGUAGAAUGGUUUGGGUUGGAAUGGACCUUAAAGCUCAUCCAGUUCUAACCCUCUGCCACAGGCAGGAACACCUUCCAGUAGAUCAGGUUGCUCAAAGUCCCAUUCUACCUGACUUCACAUAAAUAAUAAGCACUGAUGGCUGGCACAAGGGAUGGCCACAUUGCUUAACCACAUGAGGUCAGCAAAGUGGCAGGAGAAAGCUGUGAGUGACCCUUCCAUUACUGUAUGGCUGGUCAGUGUAAGUGGGCAAGGUCAUAGCUUAGAAAAUUCUUUAAACAGUCUUUUUUUUAUUUUUCUUCAGAGCACCCAUGGUUUCGCCACCUCUGAGGGCAACUGAAUGGUUAAGUCUUCUGCAAAAGAGGUCCCAGGUUGUUGAGCACAGCACUGCUCUUGUUAGUCUUGCAGUUUACACUGUGUGUAAGUAGGAGGCCGCUCUGAUCCCAUGGCUGCUACCAGUUAAAUAGAUCACCUCCCAUUGCAGAUACAGCUGACUCCACUGUAUUAAAACUGAAGUUGAAUUAUUUCUCCAUACUUAAAGAACAGAUGAUUCUGCAAAACCCAAACAACCCCCUCUCUCCAAAACCUAGUGCAUUAGCCACCAUUAAAUCUUUGCACUUUUGUUUGCUUAAUUCGGGCACGUCAAUUGAAAUCUCACUGGGAGAUAGUCACGUUUUCAUCUGGAGCGUUUUUAAGCUGGCCACGGCUUGGGUCAGGCUUCUGAACUAACUCAUCCAAGCUAGUAUCGCCGUACCAAUUUUUUUUUUACCUGUUUGAUAAUCUAAUUCUAUACUCUUAAUUUUUGUUAUCCUCUAAGUUAUUUUUAGGUACUCUUCUGGGGAAUCUUUUCACCUAGCACACACAUUGUUUGGGGAUUUAUUAUAUUAAAUAUGACUUCUUAUAAUAAGGAAAAUAUUUGCUUUACUUCGGUAUGUUUGUGAUAAUUUUUCUUCAGGGGCCCUAAUAGAACAGGUUCCUCUGCUAUAUACUAGGAGACAAAGAAACUUCUGUCAUCAUCUGCCCACAGGCUGUUACGUGACAAGGACCUCACUGUUUCCAGAGGCAGCUGAUGCCCAUAUUAAGUUCUUAGCAGGAGGACAGAGAAGGCAGGACUUGUGCGAUCGCAAUACCGGCCUCAGCAGUCCAGGGGGGAUCCAAGUGCAAGUGUUGGUACACUACUAACAACAUGGAAAGGCGAAUGUGUAUGCACUUUGUGUUAAGGGCAUACGGAAACAGUAGUAUGGUGUAUUCAGGGAGGAUGCUGGUAUGUCCUUUUAAUUAGCUCAUCUAUAUUGAAGUCUUAGCCUUCUGCCAGUAUACUUUUUCCUUGAACAGUGACUUGGUGCUGUAGAAUAAUGUGUGUGCAUAGACAGGGUAGGCAAAGGGUUUAUGUCCUACUUAAUUUCUCUUUCCAGUAGAGCACUUUGAGCUGAUCCUUAGAGUCUUUGGCCAUAACAUUAUGCUGCUUAUCAGCACAAUUUUAUACACAAAAGUAAACUUACCUUUUGGCCUACAGCUUUAAAGUAUAUCUGGAUCUGUUGGGUCUUUGCUUCUAGGAGGAUAACUAUGAUAGAAUGUAGGGUAUUAUAUAUAUAUAUAUAUAUAUAUAUAUAUAAAGUAUGCAGCAGAGGGCAUGUGACAGUUCUAACCUUGUUACCAGUGUGUAGAUAAUGUUAUGUUUUUUUUUUCCCCAGGUUAUUUAUAGUUCCUUGCUGCGUUUCUCUUACUUUAUCUGUACCAUUCAAUAUUUUUCAGCAGCACAGACUAAUAAUGGAUUAGGUUAAGGUUCUUAGGCCAGAUCCCAGCUGAUACAAUGCAGCACGCUUCUACUUACUGCUUUUGGAGGCUGCAGGUCUGAUUUAUACUGUCAGGAGACCUCUUCCAUAUCUCUCUAUGUAACAAUAUAAAAUGUAUUCUUAUUUUUUUUUAAUGUAGAGCUGAAAAUGAAUCUAAAAACUUCUUUUUUUCUGCCAAAGAAACCAACCCACCUCCCACUCCCACCCCCCCAAACUAUUGGUGAUGAAUUCUGUCUAGACACAUUUAGAAUGUAGGUCAAAUAAGUGAAUGAUACUAAUUGCUACGCUGGGAGGGAUUUCCACUGAGUAUUUGGGCUCUAGAUUCUAGUUAAUGCCAAGAGGCCAUUGUACAAAACCCACGCAUUUAAGAACAGAAGUAUACAGAGUAUUUUUAUACUCCUGGUGACUAAAAUAUUUCUUUCUCAAGUCACUAAUUAGGAAAGGAACACUUCGUAUUCUGAAGGUGAAAUGGUAGGUCAGUACUUUGUAACUACAAAAGUUACACUAGCCUAUUUAAGUAGUGUAGUGCUGUGAUGUUUUGCUGCUUUGCGCUAUAGUGUUAGGGAUAAACAACUUUGGGGAUUUCAAAGUUGAAUGAACCAGCUUAUGUGUUAAGGCCUUUACAAGUAAGAGGUAAGGAUUCAAUCAAUGGACCAGGAUAUUGUCACGUUUUCAUGGCCAAUAGAGUGAUAGUGGUUGUUCAGGGAUAUAUUGAGGGUGUGAUCCUAGCUAACACUACAUUGCUUAGGUGAUCAGCAUUCCUUGGAGACUUCAGGACAGAGAGUGAAAUUGCCAUUUGUUUUUGUGGUAUUCAUAUCAGGCCUUUCUCUUGCUCUACAAAGGUAAGCUUAUGAAUUGACUUCCUAUGUAGACAAGAGUGCAUCUUGCAGGAAGCUUUCAUUUGUGAUGCUGAAAUGAAGUUUAAAUAUUCUUUAUUAGCAGUAGUCUCUUCUCUGCCCUAAAGCCCAUCUCCAUACUCUUUCCUCCGAGAGCUGGAACUGAAUAGGUGAAAACAAAAUAUGGGAAAGCUGGAUUUGUAGACCUGUCUUACAGAAAAGAUGAAAGAAAUGGCAGGUGAAGGGACACUUGGCAUCCCAGGGAAACCUUCUAGUUCUUGAUUCUGUAAAUCAGCAAUGAUAAUCUUUUUCAUUAGCUCCCCCCUUGUUUCAGCUUUGCUCUUCCCCUUGCUCUUUAAUACUAUGCAGUCCUGGUUAUGCAUUUUUGACAUUUGUGGUAUAUGCCAUUUUCCCUUACAGCAGGUAAAAACAUUAUUGAACUUUAGCAGCCCAUAAUUAAGGGAAAGAGGGGGAAGCAGGGGCAGGUAAUCAAUUUCUUUUAACAGAACUCUGCUUGUAUCUGACUUUGCCAUAUCAGAUUUUAAUUCAGUGGUGCUGAUGUAACAGCAUCUUGCUUUUCUUCAUUUGUACAGCUAGCAAGAACGAAUGCACGCAUGUGUGUGUCUAUGCACGUGUGCAUGGUAAUUAAAAACAAAAAUAAAAACACAAGAGUUGUUUUCUUAAUUUAGUAAGUGUUGUAAAACAAAGACAUCUACCUGAACACAUGGGGCACAUUCCACCUGGUGAAACAGAAAGUCCAGGUGUUUCUCUCUGAAACCUGUUCACAUUCCACAUCACCCAGCACCCAUAAAACUGUCCUGUGAAUUGCUGUCUGAAGUCUGUCAUAUUAGCAGUUGUCGAGUGAAAGUUGCGUUGUUUGUGUGUGUGCGUAGACUGUGUGGCCUAUCUGUAGGACUGUUCUGGCUUGGUACAAAAGAACAAUUACUUUCAGCUUUAUUGUGUUUUCCGGUGUAAUUUUUGUUCUGCAGAACUAUGGCUUUCAAUGUUUGGGAUUUUAUUAACAGUGUAAGUUAGCCUUGAAUGUGGCCACUGAGAGCUGACACCUCAAGGAACACAAUUUGUUGAACUAGUUGUCUGGGAGAGGAGCUGAAGAUCUCCCUUCCCCAGAGGUUCUACUGCCAUAACUGCCCUACAGGCCCAGUAGGAUGCCAGUGAGGGAAGCAGUUUGCUCUUAGAGAGCCACACUGUGAUGUAAGUACGUCAUCAUACAUAACAGUUUCCCUGAGAUGCACUGGGCCUUCCACGGGUAAAUUACCUGGUGUUAGCUUUUUGAGGAGAAGUACAUAUCCAGAGCCCAAGCCAUUGCCUUGGUCCAUGCAAACCAAUACCUUGUGGUACCCUUAAGGCAUUUCAGCUGAUCUUUCCCUUUCCCUCUGUUCAUGCGGAUGCAGUAUGGGUUUGUGCAAGCAUUUAAAACUAUCUAAAUGAAAAGGUGAGCAAUACUAGUGCAAAAGCACCACCUGUACUCCCUGGUAAGCUGUAUUGGAGCCUUUUCUGACUGUAGAUCUCUCUGUUCUUUUGCCAUAAGUCUGUCUAGCUCUGAGUACUUGUGUUCAAUGGCCUCCCUAUUUUUGUACAAGUGUUGUCAUCUGGAUACAGUCCUACCUGGUUGUUCACACUGCAAACAUGUCCAUUGGGUGGAAAGAAAUUAAUGGUUUUCCUUUUUAAAUCAUCAGCUUGAUUCUACAAGAGAACAGACUACCUGCUUUUGUAGCCUAAACAUGUAUGUAGCGAAGUAUGUUAUGCUUUUAAUUUCUUGCAAAUAAAUAUUUUCUGUAGAAAAAGCCAA